GCCCUGGCUGCGUCGGGCGGCGCGGCUCCGGGCUGGAUUGGUGAUGCCUGGGAGUCACGGGCGCCUGCGCAGUGGGUAGGGCCGCGUUCGCCCCGCCGCUGAGGGAGUAACGCCGAGUGGGCCGGAGCGGGGUGCUUGGCUGCUCUGCCCGUCGGCCGCACCAUGGCGGAGGAGGAGCUGGAGGCUCUGCGGAAGCAGAGGCUGGCGGAGCUGCAGGCCAAGCACGGGGAUCCUGGCGAUGCAGCACAACAGGAAGCAAAGCACAGAGAAGCAGAAAUGAGAAACAGUAUCUUAGCCCAAGUUCUGGAUCAGUCAGCCCGGGCCCGGUUAAGUAACUUAGCACUUGUAAAACCCGAAAAAACUAAAGGAGUAGAGAAUUACCUUAUACAGAUGGCAAGAUAUGGACAACUAAAUGGGAAGGUAGCAUUUACCCUGGUGUUCAGGAAAUGCCUAGAAAAUGACUGGCUUUGGAACACGAGACAUGAAAGAAACUACCAGAGGUUGCUCCUCCUCUCCAGUUGCCUGCUAGUUGUCUACCCCAAGUGGGAAACUAGAUGAAGAUUCAACAUGAAAGCAGGAACAGUAAAGAGCUAUCUUCUCCCACUUCUCCAUGGUAAACAUGGCAGCACUGGGAGUGGUACUGGGCCACCCCAAUUCUCCAUGCAGAAUUCAAGGACUUUUAAAGCCACCAACUGAACAAACUUCCUCCAUCGUGCUGCUAAGACCACAGGUGUAUUUCCAAUGCAGGGAGGGGGAACCAGAAUGCUGUCUAAACUUGCUACUUCUCUGCGAGGACCUGACUGCUCGUCAGGGGGCCAGACUAGGGCCCAGACCUGCAGUUGGUGAGAGGAGCACCUCUACUCAGGCCUUUGAAGACACACCCCUGAAGGACUGACUCCUGGAUCCCGAGCAGCCCCCUUCUGACCAGGUGACCAAGUUCACCAUAUUGGCAGACUCCUGGCAGACUUCAGGCGUAGCCAUUCAAAGGUCUGCUAUUUCAGGUCUGGUUCACACACAGGCUUAUCCAAAGUGAGCUGGGAGGCAA